CCGCUUCUUCUACGUGUUUCUGCUCUCCUCAGUAACUUAGCGCUGGCCUCAGAGCACUACAGUCCCACAGUCUCCCUCCGUUAAAGCAUCUUUGCAGCUUCUGGGCUGAACAGGAGACCCAGGACGGAAGAGUGCACCUUCUGCGGGGCGCUAUGGACAUGAAGAAGAGGAUUCAUCUGGAGCUGAGGAACAGGACGGCGUGUGAUGUGCGAGAGCUCGUGCUGGACAACUGCAGGUCAAACGAAGGGAAAAUCGAAGGCCUCACAGCGGAGUUUGUUAAUCUGGAGUUUCUAAGUUUGAUAAAUGUGGGUCUGCUCUCCGUCUCCAACCUCCCCAAGCUCGGGAAGCUGAAGAAGUUGGAGCUCAGCGACAACAGAAUCUCUGGCGGCCUCGAUGCUUUAGCUGAGAAACUCCCCAGUCUCACGCAUCUCAACCUGAGCGGCAACAAACUGAAGGACAUCAGCACGCUGGAACCCUUGAAAAAACUCGACCAUCUGAAGAGUCUCGACCUUUUCAACUGCGAAGUCACAAACUUGAACGACUACCGGGAAAGCGUCUUCAGGCUCCUCCCACAGCUCGCGUAUCUGGACGGCUACGAUUUGGACGACCGCGAGGCGUCGGACUCCGACGGAGAAGCUGACGGAGUCGAUGAUGACGAUGAUGAAGAUGAGGAGGAUGAGUUUGAUGAAGACGACGACGAUGAUGAAGAUGAGGUUGAAGGCGAGGAGGACGAUGAGGAGGGCAGUGGAGAGGAUGAGGAGGAAGAAAUUGGUCGGGAUGGAGAAGUAGAUGAUGAUGAUGACGACGAUGAUGACGAUGAUGAAGAAGAAGAGCAAGGAGGAAAGGGUGAGAAGAGAAAACGAGAAGCGGAUGAUGAAGAUGAGGACGACGAUGACGAGGACGAUUAAGAGCCAGUGAACAACUCUGUUACCAACCCUUCCCUCUCCUUCCUUUCCAACACCUGGCCUCCCAUCAGCCAGACCUCCUCUGAGACCGUACGGAUGAGUGGAGCUGUGAGCUGAACGCAAGCCUUCCACGCGUCCACAGUCAGUCCCCUGCCUGUCUGCGUUUCAGAGCCUGUGGGGACUUUGGGGACUGGUAUUUAGUUUGGGGUCUCUGCUUUUAAUAUUCUGUUGAAAGUGUUCUUUUUUUUUUUGGUUGACGUUUCCUCCCGCUUUAGUUUUUGUUCUAAACGUCCCGAAGAUUGCUAUGGCUUCUGUGCGACAGGCGGGCCAUCAUUUCAGCGAGGCAGCCUGUGGCACGAAUCAAGGUCGUAGCUAAAUUUUUACUUUCUGUAAGACAAAAACUUUGUAAAUAAAAUAAGAUUUUGUGCUUUGCUCUCUCUCCUA